AUGCUGGGGCUUGUGGCACUGGUGCUGUGCCUUGUUCCUGCAGACACCCUCACUGCCUUCCCCCCAAAGUUCCAGGUGGGGGAAGUGAAUGGGGAUGUGGUGGUGACAUGCAACACUUCGGAGCAGCUCGUGAGCUGGACGCAGAACGGGGACCCAGAGCCCAUGGCUGAGCUGGUGGCCAAGGGUCGGACCCUCACCAUCCUGGGCUUGGACCUGCCAGCCGCGGGCAACUACAGCUGCUGGGCUGGCCCCAUCCUGCUGGACACCACCUACGUGGUGGUCAGUGAGACCCGAGAAGGGGGGAUCAACGUCUCCUGCCAAGCUGAGUCCUACCGCGGCUCCUUCCGCUGCUCCUGGACCGGCCCCCGCUCCUCCGUCUUCCGCGCCCGCCUCACGCACAGCGAUGGCUCCCUGGGGGCGUGGGUGCCGGCAGCCGGGGGCCGUGGCCGGUUCAGCGCCCACUUUUCGGACCCUUCCUUCUGCCCCUUCGCUGAGGAGCUGCGCCCGCUGCAGCUGCAGCUGGAGGGGCUCUCGGACACCUCCUACUUCACCCACUCCGUCCACUUCUUCGUCUGGGACAUCGCCCUGCUCUUCCCGCAGUGCGACCCGGCCCCCCCGCAGAAGCUGACCCUGCGGCAACGGGGGGGGCAGCUCCACCUGGCCUGGGCCCCCCCAGCCUCCUGGCCGCUCCCCAAGUCCUAUUUCACGUUGCUCUAUCGGCUGCAGUAUGAGCUCCCCAACGGCACCCAGGUUGAGGAGUUGGUGGAGGGAGCAGAGGAGGCACAGCUGGGGGGGCAGGUACAGCGGGUGCGCGUGUGCUGCCGGGACCCCUUCACCCGCCCCACCUGGAGCCCCUGGACCACCUGGCAGGACAUCAAGGCCACCCAGCAGCACCAGCUCCAACCCCACUGA